AUGCCUGCAGACAUAGACAACAAGCCUGCGAGCAGCGAAACUGGUAACAAUAAAGUGAAUAACCAGGGGAAAGGCGUCUCCAUUAGCGAUGGUGAUUUCAGAAAAUUGGAUCAUAGGGGUCUGUUAUCUAAGCGGGAAAGACAGAACAUAUCCUGUCGUUCAGAUACUGUAUUGAAAGCCCAUGAGGACUUAACAAAAGGGGAUGGAGGUAUCAGAGAUUUGAGUCAUGCCAAGGAGAUGAUAAGAAGAUUAUCGAAUGACACAGGUGGGAAUGUUACUGCCACCAAAUCACAUUUCCAGCUUUCUUCGACUGCAUACGGUGUGCGUAUGCUAUCGAGAGAUAUUUCGAAUACAAAAGUUGAGCUUGAAGUUGAAAACCUUCUCAUUGUUACCAAAAAACAUGACGUUUCAUUGAUAUACUUGACAAGAGAGCUGGUGGAGUGGUUGCUGAUUCAUUUUCCAAAGAUCACUGUUUAUGUGGGCAAAGAAUUCAUCAAUUCUACAAAGUUUGGUGCUGAGGACAUUUAUAAAGAUAGUAAGUGUCGUGAGAGAAGGAUCAAAUACUGGGAUCGAGAAUUUAUAGCCGAACACGAUAAUUUUUUUGAUUUAAUUGUUACUUUGGGUGGUGAUGGUACUGUCCUAUUUGUUUCAUCUGUUUUCCAGAAACACGUUCCUCCUGUCUUAUCAUUCUCACUUGGUUCGUUAGGAUUCUUAACAAAUUAUCAGUUUGAAUACUUUAAAGAAGAUCUUCGAAAUAUUUUGAACAAUAAGAUCAAGACCAAUCUGAGGAUGAGAUUACAAUGCACUAUAUACAAAAGACGUCCAACUGUUAUCGACAAAAACACAGGCAAAAAAAUCUGUGUAACUGAAAUCGUUGCAAAACAUCAAGUCCUAAACGAAUUGACUAUUGAUAGAGGGCCAAGCCCAUUCAUCUCCAUGUUAGAGCUAUAUGGUGACAACUCACUGUUAACAGUUGCCCAAGCCGAUGGUAUAAUUAUUGCCUCACCUACGGGUUCAACGGCAUACUCGUUGAGUGCUGGAGGUCCGCUUGUGUAUCCCACUGUCAAUGCUAUUACCGUCACACCGAUAUGUCCUCAUACAUUGAGUUUCAGACCCAUUAUUUUACCUGAUAGUAUGAAUCUAAAAGUAAAAGUGUCAUUGAAAUCCAGAGCAACGGCAUGGGCUGCAUUUGAUGGUAAAAGCAGGCUUGAAUUGAAAAAAGGUGAUUUCAUCAAAAUCCAAGCAAGUCCUUAUUCAUUCCCUACCGUAGAGGCCCACUCCACAGAAUUCAUAGACAGUAUUAGCAGAACUUUGAAUUGGAAUGUGAGAGAACAACAAAGGUCUUUCACCCACAUGCUCUCGCGUAAGAAUCAAGAGAAAUACGCAAGCGACGCCUGUAAUGUCGAUGACGGGGAGGAUGAAGAAUUUGACGAGGAAUUACUGCUAGAUCCAGCAAACGAAGAAAAUGAAGAUACCACAGUAAACGAUGAUAUAGAAAGCGAAGAUGCCAUCGAAGAGGAGCCGUUAGUGGCAACCGUAUCUUCCACGAUGUCAAGACGCACAUCUAUCGAUAACAGACCGCCACAGGCCAAUUUCACUAUUUAG